AUGGCCACCAGUCUUUGGACAGAAGCCAGUUCAGCUGUUCCAGUGUUGACUGCCUCUCCUGGUGUAGGGACCUCACUGGUCACUAAUUUUGAGGCAUUGACCAGUACAUCUAUUCCAAUUGUGACUGAUUCUCCUAAGAUGGUGACCUCAUUGGUCACUAGUUCUGGGGAAGAGAGCAGCCCAUCUCUUAUAACUCUGACUGAUCCCUCUCAUGUGCCAAAAACAACAACCUCAUGGGUCACCCAUCCUUCAGAGACCAGCUCAACUGUUCCUAGAACAACCCCAAGUGUUUCCUACAGUGAAUCAGACACCACACCCUCAAUGGCAACCAACCCUCAGGCACAAGCCAGUUCAGCUGUCCCAAUUCUGACUGUCUCACCUGGUGUCUUGGAUAUGGUGUCCUCACUGGUCACUGGCUCUGGGGCAGAGACCAGUACAAUUAUUCCAGGUAUGACUGACUUCCCAGGUCAAUCAUGGGUGGUGACCUCACUGGUCACUAAUUCUGGGACAGAGACCAGCACAGCUAUCCCAACUCUGACUGAUUCGCCUGAUGAGCCAGAUACAACAGCCUCGUGGGUCACAUACCCUUCAGAGACCAGCCCAAAUGUUCCCAGAACAACCCCAAAUGUUUCCCACAGUGAAGCAGACAGCACACUCUCAGCAGUCACCAGUCCUCAGGCAGAAGCCAGUACAGCCAUUCCAACUCUGCCUGUCUCACCUGGUGUCCUGGAUAUGGUGACCUCAUUGGUCACUAGCUCUGAGGCAGAGACCAGCACAACUAUUCCAGGUAUGACUGAUGCCUCAGGCCACAUCCUUACCAAUAACCCAUCCUGGGACUCAGUCCAGUUCAGCCAUUCCAACUCUGACUGUUUCCACUGGUGUGAUGGGGAUGAUGACCUCAUUGACCACUGGUUCUGGGGCAGAGAUAAGUACAACUGUUCCAACUCUGACUGUUUCUCCUGGUGA